AUGGAUUCUGAAGAUGUAGCGCAGAUUUUGGUCUCCCCUAUGGCAGGUUCGAUUUCACAUGUCCUGACUGUGUCUUUAACAGCUUUGGCUUUGGGUGAGAGUGAUGAAAUUGAAAAGAAUUGGAGAAUUUUGGGAACUUCUGAUGACGAAAAUGGGAAGGAAUCGGCUAUAGGCAUUGAACAUGAUAUUGCAGCAUAUACCUCUUUCAUCGACUCUUAUUGCAAGGUGGGGCUGUUACAGGAGGAGGUACGCCAGCUCGCGUCCCAAAUAGGGGACAAGGGUACUAGGCCAAUUGUCGAUACUUACACAUUCUUAAUGCAUGCGAUGUAUAAGUCGUCCCGGCCGGAGGGGGCGGCAACUAGGCUUUUGACUGACAUGAUGGAUUACAAUAUUUCUCUAAACAUCUCCCUCUUUAACAUAUUGAUUCAUGCACACUGCAAGGAGGGGAUGAUUUUCAAAGUUAUGAAUAUCAUUGACACAAUGAGAAAGCAAGGGAUUGAGCCUCACGUAGUCGCGUAUAAUAUCCUGAUUGCUUCACUUUGUGAUAAGGGGAUGGUUUCCGAAGCUGAAGGGAUUGUUGACACGAUGGAAAAGUGA